AUGAAAGCUGUUGUACAAAGGUGCCGAUCCGCCAGUGUGACAGGUAUGUCAUACCACCCCACAAAGCAUGCCACGUCCGAGUCGAACCCUGACUCGAGCGACUGACCUCAACCCCUUGCUCAAUCAACCACCUUCCCCUUGACCAAAGUGGAUGGUCAGAUCAUCUCCUCCAUCCAACGCGGUCUGAUGGUACUCGUCGGGAUAGGUACGAAUGAUACGAUACAUGAAUCCCAAUGGCUCGUCAACAAGCUUUUGAAUCUUCGUUUCUUCCCGGAGGGGGAUAAUGACGAGUGGGGGUGGAAGAAGUCGGUCAUGGACAUUGGGGGCGAGAUAUUGUCAGGUACGCCCAAGACCUAUUCCGCAUAGGAAGCUACUGUAACUGACUUCUCCCCCUCCCUCCUCGCUCACGUACGCUCCUCCGGCGGCGUUCCCCCCAAAAAGUUUCUCAAUUCACGCUCAUGGCCGUCACCAAGAAAGGAUCCAAGCCCGACUUCCACGGUGCGAUGGCAGCUUCACAAUCUAAGGCCAUGUACGACACCUUCUUGACCGACUUACGGACCAAGUAUCAGCAUGACAAGAUCAAGGAUGGUCAAGUAGGUCUUCUCGCCGUCUGCUCGAGACUCUUUCCGGUUUGAGAUCCUGACGAGAUUGGGUCGGUACCCUGCAGUUUGGUGCGAUGAUGGAUGUACAGCUUAUCAACGAUGUGAGUCGAGGCUCAUUCCCCUGAUAGAAAGGCAGCGGAAAGGGUCGCUAACCUUCAUGCGGAAUACCUCCUCAUAGGGCCCCGCAACGAUCAUCCUCGACUCGAUCGACGCCCCCGCACCCGUGAUCCCCAAACCUUACCUCACUCCUGAACAAAAGCGGUUACGUAAAGAGCAGCUCGCCAAGGAAGAGGCGGAGAAGAAGGCCGCGGCCCAAGACCGGAAACCACUAUCUACGACGGAGGUUGCUCCGACAACUGAUGAGAGUUUGACACAAAAGUUCAAGGAGAGCAUGAUGGAGAUUUACUAG